CUUAUCCCCUAUUGUUAUUAACUAACUAACUAUUGUUAUUGUGGCUGACAUUUGUUUAACCUGGUUAUCUCGUGUGGGCCGUGGGGUGCAACUACCUAGCCUAGUUGACCUCGGGAGCGCCGCCACUGGUGGCUUUUCGGAAAGCUUCAGUCAUCGAGGUGAAUAAACACGAAGUUUCGGUUCUAUGUCUUCGGCCUCAGUGCUUGGGGAAUCCUGGGUGGUUGCAUCGGCCCCGUCUAGAAAGGAGCGGCAGGAUAAGGACUUUCCCAAAACGCCAACCCAGAAAACCCAACCAUCUCUAGAUGGCGGACGCAGCCAUGGGUCCGAUCAAUCAAUCGUCGCCUCUACCGCGUCCAUGUCGGGUCCGGAGUUGAUCAUGCCCUCAAUCUAUGAGACACCCAUCUCUGAAGCGUCUUGGGUUGCACCGACCGUACGAGCAAAACAGUCUGGCCCCAGCCUCAGACGAAGGCAUGAUCGAACUUUACGUACCGACGCAGCGGCAGUAGCGGCAACAGAGAUACAAUCCCGCAAGUCACUUAAACGCGGGUCUCGUUCUCCUGCGACACCUAAAAGUCAGCCUCGACGGAAUUCUCGAAUGGCAGAAACUUCACUCCGGGUCUUAGCCAAUAUUAUCCUCCUCGCAGCGAUCUUCCAUCUCCUCGUUCUCCCCGAGCUUGUACAACAGUACCAGUCUCUUUGUACAAUUGGGACAAUCUCAGCACUAUAUCCAUCUAGCUGCAUCCCGCUAUUCCCCCAACCAUUUAGCCAGGGGCAAGGACAACCCUCCACUCAAUUCGGAACUGUCAUUUCAUCUCAAACACGCUUAGUCUCUAUCUUUAACGCCACUCUCGAAGAAAUGGCCCCACUCAACGGCUCCCUAAAACAAACCGACUCGCAGCUCCGAGACCUUGAGAGGCAACUGAAACAUGCCCACCCAGGCACGAGACAUGAGCUCGACCUCGAAUUUGACAGCUGUUGGCAAGCUAUCCGCGUGGCAAUAUGGAAAUUUGACUCCCUCAAAGUCAACCUCCAGUCAGCGGUCGAUAACCUCAUCGCUGCUGGCGAUGUGAAACCAGCAAUAGACUCUCGCGCAUCUGUCGCCCAAGAUGCCCGUCUCUCCACCCAGAUGUCUCGUCGCGAGCAGUACCUCGACGAGUUAACAACGCGCAUGCGCUCCAAGGCUGACUCCCUCGCGGCCGAUCUGGCCACUCUGGACGACCACCUUGAAUCAAUCGAGGGCAUUGUGGCCCGAGAAACGAGACAGUCUCACUCCUCCCCAAUUUACCGGCUUGACAGUCCCUCUCAGGGGUCGUCUUAUACAGCUAGUCGACUACGGACUUUCGUGGAUGCAGUGCUCCCCCAAAGACUUAAAGCCCCUUCUUUCCUCCGCCCUCCCGAGCGAGAGGAGAACAACGCGCACGACCCGGGAAUCUCUCCGGAAGUAUCUCUCCUCCAAAUCUCCCACGAAGCCACAACCCACCAUCGUCCUGUAACAGAUAUGGCAAGGAACCUGUCAAAUCGGUUGCACCAGAGUCUUCAGGCGAGAAAAACCGUCUCACUAUAUCUACCACGCAACCACCACACUUAUGAAGUCACGGAAAUGAGCAAUGAUAUCCCAAUAAUGAUCUAGGCGUUUUUGGUUCGGUAACCCCCCCCUUUUCAGAUUUGCAUUCUUUUUCUUUUUCUUUUUCUUUUUUUUUUUUUUUUUGUUUUAUCGGGGGGAAUUUAUCCAGAUUUACGGCAGAUAUAGUAAGUAUACUUUGGAGAGUGA